GGCGCGCAUUUGUCAACACUUGACUCACCCACGUCGACGCAAAAUGGAAGACGAUACGGGAGUGAAAUCGAGCAUUGUGAUCGGCCUCAGAGAGAACAGAACCAAAGAGGUUGGAAUGGCUGGUUUUGAUUUAAGGUUAGCCUCACUGCAUCUUUCUCAGUAUAGUGAAACUAGCAGCUCGUAUCAGAAUACAAAAUCUUUGCUCCAAUUUUAUGAUCCUGUGGUCGUCGUUGUUCCUCCUAAUAAAUAUGCACCUGAUGGUAUGGUCGGAAUUUCAGAGCUGGUUCUAAUGGCCCGUGGUUGCUUUGAUGACACCAAGCGUGGUGUACUGGUUAAAAAUCUAGCAGCCAAAGAGCCUUCAGCUCAUGGUUUGGAUGCUUACUACAAGCAAUAUUAUCCCUGCUUAAUCUGCUGCCGCAGCUACAAUCAAGUGGAGAGAAGCAGAGAAACGAGUCAUCGUCACAAACCACCCAUUGUUGGUAUUUAUGCUCUCUCUCUCUCAGGACCUUCUUUCUCUUGCGAAAUGCAUGCAUGUCCAAGACGCCCAUUUCUAAGAAAUAGGUGCAUUUUCUUGAUUAUGAAAUUAUUGGCAUCAUGUUUAUCUGGUUCCAAAUAUGGUUACACAGAAGCAAUGGGAACCAGGUCUCUUUAAAACCAUGUAUACAUCUGUGAAAAUCUUGGCAGUCUCAGAAGAUAUUUUAGAACCAUGAUGACAGAACCUUUACAUGCAUAUAAAUGGAUGUUGGAAGAUAAGUACCUUUUAGUUUUCUUGG